UGCAGAGCAGAGGACGUCUGCUGGCUGACUGAGGUGCGCACUGAGCGCGCCGCCUCGGCCCGCCCGGACACUGCAGUGGAGGUACCGAGCCAUCGCUGCGGCUGCUCGCUCCCGACACACACAACGUCCCGCUGUAGCCGCCCCGGGACGGGACGGAACAAGGGUGGAUAACCACCGGGAACCAUGGCCGAAUCCAACAUGCGGUGGGGGUUCCCCCGUCUGCGCCGGGCCGCGACUUCUUUUCCUGGUAACCUGCACCUGGUCUUGGUGCUUCGCCCCACUGGCCUGCUAAGCUCCACGCCCAGUCCCUCCUCCAGCACAGAUCUGGGCUUUCGCUUCAGCCAGGAUGACUUCCUGCUAAAGAUGCCGGUGGUGAUGCUGCGCUCAGUUGGUGACCUGCUGCGCUACAUCGAUGAAAACCACCUGGCUUCAGAUUUUACUGCAAAGGUGGAAUAUUGCCAAAGUGACUGGGUCCUUCUACGAUCGUCCAUUGAGACUUUUGCGGUGACGGUGAAAGAGAUCGCCCAGCAGCUGCAGGGGUUUGGCUCGGAGCUCUCUGAGACCGAACUGCCAGAUGAAGCUAAUGCCAUUGAAUUCCUGCUUCACUCUCACACACAUCGAUACAGACAGAUGAAGGACGAAAUCCGGGGUGUGCUGAAAGAAGGACGCCUGCUGCUGACAAACCUGGAGACAGUAAAAGCUGCUAAGAGAGACGUAGAGGAAGAAAGGGAGAUACAAUCUGACAUGGAAACUGUUAAGAGGCUUCUGGCACAGCUCAGAGACAUGGAGGAGGCAUUCGAUGGUUUCUUUGAAAAACAUCACCUGAAGCUGCAGCAGUACCUCCAGCUGCUGCAUUAUGAAACCAGCUUCCAGCAGAUGGAUGAGGUGCUGGAGCGGCUCUCUGCCCAGGAGAAGGAAAUUGCCUCCGUGGGAACCACAGUUGUUCAGACAGAGCAGCUACUUAAAGACCUGGAGAGUCUGAAUAAACGUGCCCAGGAGGAGAUGACUCGUGCCCAGGUCGUGAUCUUGCACGGUCACCAAUUGGCUGCCAACCACCACUACGCUCUGGCGCUCAUCGUCCAGCGCUGCAAUGAGCUGCGACAUCACUGUGAUGUCAUCAGCACUGCCAUAAACACCAAGCGGGCCUCGCUUACCCGAACACGAGACCUGCUGCGGCGCCUUGAGGAGGCUCUACGUUGGUGUGAUGAGGGGGCCUAUCUGCUCGCCAGUCAGAUGGUGGACAAGUUCCAAACCAAAGAGGGAGCUCAGGAGGCUCUGCAGUACCUGGGCAGCCACCAGGAGAGGGCGCCGUCUGUGCUGAAAAACAGCCAGGACACCCUGAGCCUGGAGUUUGAAGCUGUACUCACACCACAGCUGCAGUCCCAGAUUUCUAUGGUGAAAGAGAAGCUGAGCUCAGUUCAGUGCAUGAUCAGAAACAGAGAGCAGUGUUUGAAGAAGCUGGCGGACCUGCAGGUUCGACCCAUUCAGCUGGUGGCGCCUCGGCCCGAACCGGACCAGACCUUACUCCGUUGCAAGUCCCCCCUCUUCUCCCCGAAACACGGUGUGGACUUUAACGUCUUGAACUCAAAGUUCUCCUUUGACCUCCUUCCUGGAAAAAGAGCUGCAAGGAGAAACAACAGUCCGCGCAAGAUUGAGGUGAUGCAUGACUACCAAGGUAACCGCAGCUGCCUUUAUGGUCCCAACCCUGAAACUGAUUCAGAAGCAGAGGACAAUCCAGAACAGGUCACAAGGCACAUAAUGAAGGAAUUGAUAGCUACAGAGAGGGUCUAUGUGGAUGAGCUGCUCUCUGUUCUUCUGGGCUACAGGGCAGAAAUGGAAGACCCCUCCAUGUCUUAUCUUCUUCCCUCGGCUCUCCGCUGCCAGAAAGACGUGCUGUUCGGCAACAUGCCAGAGAUUUACCAGUUCCACAGCAGGAUCUUCCUCCAAGAUCUGCAGGGUUGCCUGGAAACACCAGAGAGGGUGGGGGCUUGUUUUCUGCGGCGGAAAGACAAGUUCCAGGUGUACGAGCGUUACUGCCAAAACAAGCCCUGCUCCGAGCUGCUUUGGAGACAGUGCUCUGAUUCGCCCUUUUUCCAGGAGUGCCAGAAAAAAUUGGACCACAAAUUAGGUCUGGACUCUUAUCUUCUGAAACCAAUCCAACGGCUCACCAAGUACCAGCUCUUGCUUAAGGAGCUUUUGAAACACUGUGUGGAGGCGCAGUAUCGCUGUGAGCUCCAGGAGGCGCUUGACUCCAUGCUGGAGCUGCUGAAGUCUGUCAACGACUCCAUGCAUCAGAUAGCCAUCACAGGAUACCCGGACCAUUUCAGUUUGCGCUACUGUCUUGGGUUUCAGGGUGAUAUUAGCCAGCUGGGCCGCAUAAUACUCCAGGGGAGCUUUAGCGUGUGGAUCAGUCACAAACGGGCAGCGGUGCGAAUGAAGGAGCUGGCCAGAUUCAAACCCAUGCAGAGACAUCUCUUCCUCUACGAGCACGCCCUGCUCUUCUGCAAGCGACGAGACGAGGACAGCCAUGACAGCUUCUACAGCUUCAAAUCCUGCCUCAGAAUGAGCACUGUGGCGAUCACAGAAACUGUGAAAGGAGAUGUGAAGAAAUUUGAAAUCUGCUACAGUGGCAGAGAAGUUGUAUAUAUAGUUCAGGCUCCCACGGUGGAGGUCAAAGUUGCCUGGCUGAACGAGAUUCAAAAAAUACUCGCCAACCCACAGAAACUACGACAAGACGAGGCUUCUUCUCUUCCACUUUCGGACAACCUUCUGUCUGACAGGUGAAUCCCCUUGAAAGACUUCUGUGAUAUACAAACUUCUGGUCACAUGCUUAUGUAUGCUAUCCAUGGUCCUGAAAUCUAUAUCACAAACUUCUGGUCAGAUGCUUAUGAAUGCUAUCCAUGGUCCUGAAAUCUAUAUCACAAACUUCUGGUCACAUGCUUAUGUAUGCUAUCCAUGGUCCUGAAAUCUAUAUUAUUUUACCACUUUAACAGCGCAUUCGAACCAUCCUUUAUCCCAGUUGGAAUAAUAUUACAACAUACAACUUUAGUGAUUUAACAAAAACAAAAAUUCGGUGUGCAAAUUAGGAAUUUUCAAUAAUCCACAAAAUUUUCUAAAGAUUCUAAAUUAUACAUACAGACUCUAACAUUUACAUGCUCCCACUAAUAUUUGGAUGAACGUUCUCUUACCUAAUUGCUUCUCAACCACAUCCUUUUUUGUACCCAAUUGGUUAGCUUCUGUCAUAGCUCUGCUUGGAUACUUCACCAAUCUUUUGGGGAGGAGAGGGUUUAUGUAAAUUGGUUAGUUUACCAUCAUGGUCCCAGCUUUUAGGCAUAAUCCACACAUUUUCAAUACAGUUAAGGGCAUGGCCUUUUUUGGGAAGCUUAAAACUGUUAUUUUAUGAGAUUUUAUGAGAUUAUUUUGAUAUUUAAUGUCUACUUGUAUCCAGGUUUAGCUAUUUGCAAUGAAGAUGUUCAGGAACAACUCAGAACCCACCUCAAGCUGUUCUAUGUUCUAUCAUUACUCCAACUGCAGGUUGCUCUUAUUUAAAAACUUCAAAUAAGAGCAUAAAAUCAGUAUAAAAUUUCAUGCCCGUGACGAGUGAGUUUGAAUAUUAUCCUAACAAUUUUUUAACUGUGACAUUUUAAGCUUUUUAAUUCAACAAAAGCCUCUUUCACAAAGUAUUUCAAAGACCCGCAAAGACUGCAACGUCUCUGAGCUUCCCUCUGGUCAGCAGUGGUUUUUUUUUCAGUUUGACCGACAGGAGGUAUCAUGCGGUAUUAACGCCAUUACUGCCCACUAAAUCAGGUCAGAAAAAUUAUACGUGAGCUCUACAUCACUUCCUCUACCCACAAAGUCAACUUGCCCCUAUACUAUAAGUCAGUUGAUGCGGGCCUGUCAGUGCCUAGCUUGGCGAGUCAGGAGUGUAACAGAGUCGUGCUGACUUCUGCGCCCCAUGCCACUUUGCUCUUUUCACGUAAUGCAUGGAGAUGGCAAAAAGGCGCCUUGAUCCCACCUUGAAGCGCUUUUUGAAAUGGGCGGGAUAACGCUGUUCUCUACAUUAGACCCAAACGUUUUCAUAACCUCUAAGAGAGUUGGUUGAUUUCAAGAGACCUUUGACUUCUAGGUUUCUGCAGCGGCUUGAACGAACGUAUUCGAUAUUUCCAAGAAAUCGAGACAUCAGUGAAAAAUAAAAACCUGUUUUAGGUUUUUCUGGCCUUUUUGAGUUGACUCUUUAAUGCCUUGUCAGUGACAGUGCAGCCUCGUCAGGAUGAGGUCAAGCAUAUUUCUUUACAGGGUGUUUUUUUUUUUAGCCUUGUUUGUGUUAAAAACAACAAUGGUUGGUGUUUGCAUGCCAGCAUGUUCGGGAGUUUGGGGAAUGCGUGAUUUUUGUGUCACAUUGCGAAGAACAUUACUUUUCCUUUCAUUGAGCAGGAUUUUUUUAAAGAAUUCUUUUCAACAUGUAUCCCAAAAAAGACGAAACCCAACAAAGUUAUUCCCAUGCAUGAUAUUUCAGUUUUUCUGUUUUACCAAAAUAGCUCCAUUGGGGACAUUUUACAACAAUGUAGUAGAUAAGGUAAAUGUCCUCUUUAGUUGCUAUUAUCUCUCUCUCUCUCUCUGAAUGACGUGUAGAAAGUCCAUGCAGAUAAUAGUAAGACAUUUUUUUAGGUCAGGAACUUCCCAUCAUCUCUUCUUCCAGGAAUUGAGCAUUGAAGUUUUUGGUAUAAAGAUAAACUAAAGGCAGUUUUACCAAAUUCUGUAUUCAAUAAAACAUCUACCUCAUGCUGCAGAGGGGUCUCAAAGACCAGGAUUGGUAGAUACUGAUACAGGUGUUGGAUGUUAAUGACUAACUUGUGGAGAAUAUUGAAUUAUAGCCUGUCGUGCAUUUAUAUUCAUAUAGUAUAUAGUCAGUAACUUUAGCUUAGAGAAUGUUUUACAUUGCAAAACAUUUUGCAAUAAAAAACAUUUUUUGAUUGAUUGAUUAGAGAUACACAAAAAUGUUCUUGAGAAAAACUUGUUUCUGCUUUCUGAAGGUGAUGGGGGAACUCAAAUUAAUUCAAAGUAUUUUUCUACACACUGUUUUUUUCCCUUAAUUUUCUUUGUUCAUUUAUUUAAAUGGACAAUUUUCACCCAUCUGCUACUUAAAGCAAGUCAAACUACACUUUGGAUUGUGUAUGCUGUUAAUGAAGGACCUGGUUGAUGUGUUUGUGUGGGAUAUUGUUUAAAAAAAAAAAACCCCGACAGUUCCAUAUAUUGCAGCCCUCUGGGACGUCCGUGUUUCGACAUGGUCCGAAAUCCGAGGCUGAAAUAUAUGUGAUUGUGAAAUGAGUGGAAUGCAGUGUUAACCUCGAUAACGUGGAUGAGGUUUGAGCUCGGUUAUGUGACACGGUGGAUGUUUGUUUGCCUGUCCUGUUUGUGGUGCUCGUGUCUGUGUUUCUGUGGCCAUGCGUUGUUGUUUUUCUUUAGCGCAUCAGAGAUGUGUGUGUCGUGGGCUGGCGUGCCGGUGGGAGGCUGCUCAGCGUGUCUUCCUGUUCCUCACAGUUCCUCGGCAACAAGCCACUCCC